AUGGAGUACCUUAAUAGUGGUGACUGUGCCGCACUCAUAAAGACACUGGGCUUUUUACCCGAGGAAUGGACGAAGAAUUACAUUGCCGAAGUAGUACACGGUCUCAAGUAUCUACAUCAAUGUGGUGUUGUUCACCGUGACCUCAAACCUGACUUCUUGGUCGUCAAACCCUUGAGGUAUUCAAUGGCGCCAAAGAGCAAGAAAAUCACCAACAAGACGAGCAAAAUCAACACUGUGGCAUCCCACAUCAGUAAAGAAAAUCAUGGAAAGCAAGGAAGCCACAGCAAUCCUCAACAAGGCAAGUAUAUUUGCAAACCAAAAGGUUCACCAGGAAGAUCCUUUCCAAAAGGAUACAACAUUCAAGAAGCUAUGAAAUUAGGCCAGAAAAAAAGGCAGUAUAACACAUUUUCAGCUGUUGCACGUCAGCUGUCAUGGAAGUACCUUGACAUUACAGCAACCUUGCAGAAUCAAGAUCAAUUUGUCCUCAACAUGGUUCUUUCGCUGAGGUUUCCCAGUAACUGGCUUAUGCAUGACCUGAAUGGGAGAUUCUUAUGCAACCAUGUCCAAUAUUUGAAAAAACAAGAGAUUGAGACCACUGCUAGUGACAACGGUGAUGAGUUUAAUGGCUAUGAUCUUGAUGGACUGGCUGAAGUCCUUAAUAGAAAUGAGGACGGAAACAGUAUGGAUGAAGAUGAGCCCCAGGAUGAAGAGAUUACUAGAAAGGAAAGAUCUCUGGUUCCUGCAGGCAGCCAAAAACCUAUGGCAUAUAAGGAACCAGCCACAAUAGUCCAGAAAUCCAAACAGAAAACUCAUACUAUUGGUGAGAAGCGUAAGGCUGAGAAAAUAGAUAAUGAACCUCCGAGUCCUGUUAUUGGCAGAUGGAAGUGUCACCAUGUGAUAGAAUCAGAUAACGAGGAUGAAGACUUGGGUAUCAAUAAUCUUGCCUCUCAGUCCUCGGUCAGAGUUCCUGAUGACUUAACAGCCACUACAGUGUCAAAAAAAAAAGUCAAAGACUCGGAUGAUGCUGUUCAAUAUAUUGUACCCGCUAACCCACCUCAGGAACUGGUCAACAAAUUUAGCAAGUAUGGAGAGCUGAAAUGUACUAGAAAGUCUAAUACUACUGGGUUUCUACAACUCAAACUAGAGCUUUGUGGGGAUAUCAAGCGUGCACAAGACCAGCAAUAUCACAUUUGUCUGUGCACAUAUCAAAACUGGCCGCUGGUCACUCUUAGCCAAAAAAAACAGGUAGGGAAUGUUGUUUACAAGUACCUCUUGGAUAACCUUGAGGCUGUAGGCCUUGGAUGUGAUUUUAAGAAGCUUGCAUCUGUGCCUACACUUCAGCCACUCAGUCUCUCACUGUUCACCCACUACUUUCUUGUUCCCUUUGUUGCUUGUACAGGCCAAAACAUUCAUCCAUAUGAAGGAGAGAAUGAUAAGCAACUAGACAAAAUCUCCAGGGCCGAGUUUGACAUAAUGAUGAAAGAACAUACUGAGAUUAUUAGCAUGCGCCGGAAGGAGCUCGAGGACAUUGCUGAGGACUGUUUUUUGGAAGAGGCCACAAAGGAAAAGACUCGGACCACACCACAAGGCUCGGACACAGCAAAGCUGUCAAAGGUCAAACCCAAGAAAGCAGAGCCACUCACAAAGAAACCAAAAUUCGCAUCAAAAGCCAAAACCACAAAAAAGAAAAGCAAUAUCCCAGGCCCUCCUAUCGCUGAUCCCUCAAAAUUCUCUGGUGCAUUGGCGCUUAAAUUGGCUGACGACAUAAUUCCACCCAAAUUGCGACUACACAAGAAAAUUUGA